AUGAAGAGGCAGAACGCCAGGACCCUCGCCCUCAUCGUCAGCAUUUUGACCUACCUGGUGGUCGGGGCGGCUGUCUUCGACGCCCUGGAAUCCAAGCAGGAGAGGAGUCAGAAGAGGAGGCUCGACGUCAGGAAAUACGACCUGAUGCGCAAAUUCAACUUGACCAAAGUCAACUUCGACGAGCUGGAGCUCGCCGUGCUGCAGCUGAAGCCCCACAAAGCCGGCGUGCAGUGGAAAUUCGCCGGCUCCUUCUACUUCGCCAUCACUGUGAUAACGACCAUAGGCUACGGCCAUGCAGCCCCCAGUACAGACUCAGGGAAAAUAUUCUGCAUGUUCUACGCCCUCCUGGGGAUCCCACUCACCCUGGUCAUGUUUCAGAGCCUGGGUGAGAGGAUCAACACAUUGGUCAGGUACCUGCUCCACCGAGCCAAGAAGUGCCUGGGAAUGCGUCGAACAGAGGUCUCCAUGGCAAACAUGGUAACAGUCGGUUUCUUCUCAUGCAUGAGCACACUGUGUGUGGGGGCGGUGGCAUUCUCCCACUGCGAGGGCUGGAGCUUCCUGCACGCAUUCUACUACUGCUUCAUCACGCUCACCACCAUUGGUUUCGGCGACUAUGUGGCUCUGCAGAAGGACCACGCACUGCAGAAUGAUCCACGCUAUGUGUUAUUCUGCUUUGUCUACAUCCUGACGGGCCUGACUGUGAUUGGGGCCUUCCUGAAUCUAGUGGUGCUCCGCUUCCUGACCAUGAAUGCUGAGGAUGAGCGGAGGGAUGCCCAAGAAAGGGCCCUGCUCUCUGGUGGUAAGACCAGGGCAGAGGGGGCCCGUCUGGUCCCGCUACCGGCUUCAACUGCCUCCACACCCGCUGAGGACAGAGAUGGUGCAAAGGCCGCAGAUUUUAAAGGAGUUUACACCGAGGUGCUGCACUUCCAGACAAUUUGCUCAUGUCUGUGGUACAGAAGCAAAGAGAAGCUGCAGGGCUCCAUCCCCGCUGGGAUCUCUCAGGAGCUGUACCUCUCGGGUGUAUGCCUGCCACAGAGUGCUGACUUUCCACACUACUUCGAGCCCGGAUCCACGGGCUGCAUGUGCAGCCCACGUCAGUGCACUAGCAUAAGUUCUAUCACUAAAGGCCUACACCUUGUCUCUCCAUUCAGGGUGUUUAAGAGACGCAGCUCUGUGUAA